AUGUCUCGCUUCUUGGACAGCAUUUGCACCAUCAUCAGUGUCUUUCACAAACUUGUGAAGGAAGAUGGAGACUGUUCCAACCUCAGCCGAAGGAAGAUGAAGGAGUUCAUCCAGAGGGAGUUUGCAGAUGUCAUAGCCAAGCCCCAUGACCCUCAAACGCUCGACAAGAUUCUGCACUUUCUGGAGUGGGAUGGAGAUGGGGAAAUAGAUUUUAAUGAGUUCCUGCUUUUGGCCUUCCGAGUGGCCAAGGCCUGCUACUGGUACCCCCGAAAGGCACCAGGUCUUCUGCAGAGAACAAAGCUGACGACCAGCAGCAAGUCACUCCGAGAGCCAGAAACUAAGAGCAGAGAGAGCCGUCGGCAGCUCCAGGAAGAAGAACGACAAACCUGUGAGAAUGAUCAUCAUCCCCCCUCUGAACCUGAGCUGCAACGAGACACCAGGGUCAACGAGCUUGAAACACUAGAAGAAACGAGGAGUCAUCACCAGAAACAGAACACCCGAAGAAGAAAUGAAGCAAAACUAAGCAGAGAGCCGGGGGAGUCAAUCCUCCAGAUAGAAGAAGAAAGAAGCCAAGAGCCACACAACCAGCAGAACAGCCAGAGAAGACGUCAGCCACCAGGGCUGGACAGACGAGGCGAUGUGCAACUCAGCAAGGGUGGCAGCUUGCAAGCACGUGAGGCUGGACGGCGGGCAGAUGAGAAGCAAAAUCAAGAGAGGACUCAAAGAGAACAAGUGGGAGACGUGAGGAGUUGCAGUCAGACCUGUGAACCUCAACCACUGCCAAACCGGUGGAGUAGCCGCCGGCCACAGGAGCCAGAACUACCAGCAUAUGAUCAAAACAACCAUUGGCCACAAGAAGCAGAUAGAGAAAGGCAAAAUCAGCUACAUAAACCUGAAUUAAUACGAGAAGAGAGAAACCGCUACCUACUACGUGCAGUGGAACAAAAUGAACUUGAAGAAAGAGGCGACCAGACAUGUGAGCCUGAAUGCCUGGAGACAAGACGCCCACAUCAGUCAUACAUUCAGGAACCGCUAGAAAUUGAAACCAAGUAUCACAAGAAUCGUGAAGCAGAGAGAGAUAAUGACGAACAAAGAAACAGAGAGAAAGAAGAGCUUCAAUAUAAAGUAACUAAUAAAGAGAGAGCGGAUCAAGAAAGAGAAGAGAGAGAUGUCAACAGGAGACAAGAGCCCGUGCAGGAAAGGAGGAUCGAUCGGCAACGGGACCUGGACCUCGAGGUCUACGAGCGCCGCAGUCGUGAGACACGAGUGAGGGAAGAGCCAGGGGCCAGGACCGAAAGGACACGAGACACCAGGGUGGUGGCAGCAGAAGCUGAUCUAGACAUCAAACGUGUGUCCCGGGAGCUGGAGCCUCGUGCCGAGCGUGAAAGGAGGGACCGUCCCCGUGUAAGUGAAGAACUUGAGGAUGAGAGGAGGAUCUCCCGUGAAAUACAGAGCGAAGAGCCCGUGCGGGACAGGAGGAUCGAUCGGCAACGGGACCUGGACCUCGAGGUCUACGAGCGCCGCAGUCGUGAGACACGAGUGAGGGAAGAGCCAGGGGCCAGGACCGAAAGGACACGAGACACCAGGGUGGUGGCAGCAGAAGCUGAUCUACACAUCAAACGUGUGUCCCGGGAGCUGGAGCCACGUGCCGAGCGUGACGGGAGGGACCGUCCCCGUGUAAGUGAAGAACUUGAGGAUGAGAGGAGGAUCUCCCGUGAAAUACAGAGCGAAGAGCCCGUGCGGGACAGGAGGAUCGAUCGGCAACGGGACCUGGACCUCGAGGUCUACGAGCGCCGCAGUCGUGAGACACGAGUGAGGGAAGAGCCAGGGGCCAGGACCGAAAGGACACGAGACACCAGGGUGGUGGCAGCAGAAGCGGAUCUAGACAUCAAACGUGUGUCCCGGGAGCUGGAGCCACGUGCCGAGCGUGACAGGAGAGACCGUCCCCGUGUAAGUGAAGAACUUGAGGAUGAGAGGAGGAUCUCCCGUGAAAUACAGAGCGAAGAGCCCGUGCGGGACAGGAGGAUCGAUCGGCAACGGGACCUGGACCUCGAGGUCUACGAGCGCCGCAGUCGUGAGACACGAGUGAGGGAAGAGCCAGGGGCCAGGACCGAAAGGACACGAGACACCAGGGUGGUGGCAGCAGAAGCUGAUCUACACAUCAAACGUGUGUCCCGGGAGCUGGAGCCACGUGCCGAGCGUGACAGGAGAGACCGUCCCCGUGUAAGUGAAGAACUUGAGGAUGAGAGGAGGAUCUCCCAUGAAAUACAGAGCGAAGAGCCCGUGCGGGACAGGAGGAUCGAUCGGCAACGGGACCUGGACCUCGAGGUCUACGAGCGCCGCAGUCGUGAGACACGAGUGAGGGAAGAGCCAGGGGCCAGGACCGAAAGGACACGAGACACCAGGGUGGUGGCAGCAGAAGCUGAUCUACACAUCAAACGUGUGUCCCGGGAGCUGGAGCCACGUGCCGAGCGUGACAGGAGGGACCGUCCCCGUGUAAGUGAAGAACUUGAGGAUGAGAGGAGGAUCUCCCGUGAAAUACAGAGCGAAGAGCCCGUGCGGGACAGGAGGAUCGAUCGGCAACGGGACCUGGACCUCGAGGUCUACGAGCGCCGCAGUCGUGAGACACGAGUGAGGGAAGAGCCAGGGGCCAGGACCGAAAGGACACGAGACACCAGGGUGGUGGCAGCAGAAGCAGAUCUAGACAUCAAACGUGUGUCCCGGGAGCUGGAGCCACGUGCCGAGCGUGACGGGAGGGACCGUCCCCGUGUAAGUGAAGAACUUGAGGAUGAGAGGAGGAUCUCCCGUGAAAUACAGAGCGAAGAGCCCGUGCGGGACAGGAGGAUCGAUCGGCAACGGGACCUGGACCUCGAGGUCUACGAGCGCCGCAGUCGUGAGACACGAGUGAGGGAAGAGCCAGGGGCCAGGACCGAAAGGACACGAGACACCAGGGUGGUGGCAGCAGAAGCGGAUCUAGACAUCAAACGUGUGUCCCGGGAGCUGGAGCCACGUGCCGAGCGUGAAAGGAGGGACCGUCCCCGUGUAAGUGAAGAACUUGAGGAUGAGAGGAGGAUCUCCCGUGAAAUACAGAGCGAAGAGCCCGUGCGGGACAGGAGGAUCGAUCGGCAACGGGACCUGGACCUCGAGGUCUACGAGCGCCGCAGUCGUGAGACACGAGUGAGGGAAGAGCCAGGGGCCAGGACCGAAAGGACACGAGACACCAGGGUGGUGGCAGCAGAAGCUGAUCUACACAUCAAACGUGUGUCCCGGGAGCUGGAGCCACGUGCCGAGCGUGACAGGAGAGACCGUCCCCGUGUAAGUGAAGAACUUGAGGAUGAGAGGAGGAUCUCCCGUGAAAUACAGAGCGAAGAGCCCGUGCGGGACAGGAGGAUCGAUCGGCAACGGGACCUGGACCUCGAGGUCUACGAGCGCCGCAGUCGUGAGACACGAGUGAGGGAAGAGCCAGGGGCCAGGACCGAAAGGACACGAGACACCAGGGUGGUGGCAGCAGAAGCUGAUCUACACAUCAAACGUGUGUCCCGGGAGCUGGAGCCACGUGCCGAGCGUGAAAGGAGGGACCGUCCCCGAGUAAGUGAAGAACUUGAGGAUGAGAGGAGGAUCUCCCGUGAAAUACAGAGUGAAGAGCCCGUGCGGGACAGGAGGAUCGAUCGGCAACGGGACCUGGACCUCGAGGUCUACGAGCGCCGCAGUCGUGAGACACGAGUCAGGGAAGAGCCAGGGGCCAGGACCGAAAGGACACGAGACACCAGGGUGGUGGCAGCAGAAGCGGAUCUAGACAUCAAACGUGUGUCCCGGGAGCUGGAGCCACGUGCCGAGCGUGAAAGGAGGGACCGUCCCCGUGUAAGUGAAGAACUUGAGGAUGAGAGGAGGAUCUCCCGUGAAAUACAGAGCGAAGAGCCCGUGCGGGACAGGAGGAUCGAUCGGCAACGGGACCUGGACCUCGAGGUCUACGAGCGCCGCAGUCGUGAGACACGAGUGAGGGAAGAGCCAGGGGCCAGGACCGAAAGGACACGAGACACCAGGGUGGUGGCAGCAGAAGCGGAUCUAGACAUCAAACGUGUGUCCCGGGAGCUGGAGCCACGUGCCGAGCGUGACAGGAGAGACCGUCCCCGUGUAAGUGAAGAACUUGAGGAUGAGAGGAGGAUCUCCCGUGAAAUACAGAGCGAAGAGCCCGUGCGGGACAGGAGGAUCGAUCGGCAACGGGACCUGGACCUCGAGGUCUACGAGCGCCGCAGUCGUGAGACACGAGUGAGGGAAGAGCCAGGGGCCAGGACCGAAAGGACACGAGACACCAGGGUGGUGGCAGCAGAAGCUGAUCUAGACAUCAAACGUGUGUCCCGGGAGCUGGAGCCACGUGCCGAGCGUGACAGGAGAGACCGUCCCCGUGUAAGUGAAGAACUUGAGGAUGAGAGGAGGAUCUCCCAUGAAAUACAGAGCGAAGAGCCCGUGCGGGACAGGAGGAUCGAUCGGCAACGGGACCUGGACCUCGAGGUCUACGAGCGCCGCAGUCGUGAGACACGAGUGAGGGAAGAGCCAGGGGCCAGGACCGAAAGGACACGAGACACCAGGGUGGUGGCAGCAGAAGCUGAUCUACACAUCAAACGUGUGUCCCGGGAGCUGGAGCCACGUGCCGAGCGUGACAGGAGGGACCGUCCCCGUGUAAGUGAAGAACUUGAGGAUGAGAGGAGGAUCUCCCGUGAAAUACAGAGCGAAGAGCCCGUGCGGGACAGGAGGAUCGAUCGGCAACGGGACCUGGACCUCGAGGUCUACGAGCGCCGCAGUCGUGAGACACGAGUGAGGGAAGAGCCAGGGGCCAGGACCGAAAGGACACGAGACACCAGGGUGGUGGCAGCAGAAGCGGAUCUAGACAUCAAACGUGUGUCCCGGGAGCUGGAGCCACGUGCCGAGCGUGAAAGGAGGGACCGUCCCCGUGUAAGUGAAGAACUUGAGGAUGAGAGGAGGAUCUCCCGUGAAAUACAGAGUGAAGAGCCCGUGCGGGACAGGAGGAUCGAUCGGCAACGGGACCUGGACCUCGAGGUCUACGAGCGCCGCAGUCGUGAGACACGAGUGAGGGAAGAGCCAGGGGCCAGGACCGAAAGGACACGAGACACCAGGGUGGUGGCAGCAGAAGCUGAUCUACACAUCAAACGUGUGUCCCGGGAGCUGGAGCCACGUGCCGAGCGUGAAAGGAGGGACCGUCCCCGUGUAAGUGAAGAACUUGAGGAUGAGAGGAGGAUCUCCCGUGAAAUACAGAGCGAAGAGCCCGUGCGGGACAGGAGGAUCGAUCGGCAACGGGACCUGGACCUCGAGGUCUACGAGCGCCGCAGUCGUGAGACACGAGUCAGGGAAGAGCCAGGGGCUCGUAGAUCCCACAGAGAGAGACGUGACAGAACCAUCCUUGAGAUAGUUGAAGAAGAAGAAGAGAGCGACAUUCUCACUGGUCUUCAGGCAAAUGAAGUAGAGCUUGAGGUUUCUGAAAGCAUCCCCCGCGAGCCUUUGGAAGAGGGAGAAUGGAGGAAUGAGAGGCUUUUACGAGAGGAAGAAUUACGUGAGUCAAGCAAGUUCCAGACAGAUGAGGAGGAAGCACAAAGACAUGAGAGGAGCCUCUACCAAACGGUGGAGGUAGACAACAGAGACCUCUGUCCCCCAGGACAGCAGGCAUCUGUCACCGACAUGAGGGUCCAUUACAUCCCUGCUGAGCCCGACGUGCAGCCAGAGGUGCAGGUGGUUCCUCAGGCUUGUGACCCUCAGAGCAUCGCGUACCUGGUCCACGUGAUUCAGAAUUUGAACAAUCCUGAAGCUACCACCUAUGAGAUCAUCUGCAAGCAGCCCCAUGACCUUGGACAGCCUGUCUAUGUGAAGAAGUGCUAUGUGUCACGCCAGGCACCAGCAGUCCCAGAGGACAGGAGCAACGACCCAGAGCCACGACCCCAAAGGGAUGAGCGAGAAACAGGAGAGCUCGAACCACCACGGCGAGGAGGCACCUCAGCUUCUAUCUCCCAAGAGAACACAGAGGAGCUCAGUGAGACACAGGAGAGGACUGACACAGGGGUGAAGGAAGGGGCUGGCCAGGCUUUUGCCCCUGAGCCUGAUGCUGCUAAACGUGACCAUUACCAGGCAAAGACCAAGGAGGACAGGAGGGACAGCCAGCGCCCCAAGAUGCCUGUCACAGAGAAGGAGCAUCAGCCCCGGAGAGAUGGAUCCAAAGCUACGAGGGAGCAGGUUCAAGAGGAGCCUGAAUCCGUCCAGGUGUGGAAGCGUGAGGACAGGGAGGCCAAGAGCUGCCCACCUCUGCCCCAGGCUCCAGGGGAAGCUGGUGCCACCAAAGCCAGCCGUCCCCAGCCACCCCGGAGAGAUGAAGCCAGCCACUGCCAUGAGGGUGAGGAGCAUCAACCCCUGGAGAAGACCCGCCAGCCAUGGCAGGAGGAGAAGAGCAAGAGGAGCCCACGGGAUGUGAGCGAUGCUCGACCUCAACGGGAGGAGGAGCCACUUCUUUCCCAGGGUCCCUCCAGCACCCCAGGCUCACAGAAGGCCCUGAGACGUCCUGCUGGGGAGGACACCAAGGCACCUUGA